CUGGACAGAAUUACAUCCUCCCAUCCUCCCUUACCUAAUCCAGACUAGCUUUGUCUCAUCACUCGGCUCGAGGUGCUGCUUCUGUGAACUUCAGUCCUCUGUCCUCUGUGUGGCUCGUGCGCGUCCGUCGAGAGCACCAACUCUGAACCCUUUUCGCCUGUUAUUAGGAGAGAGAAAAAAACAACAGUAACCAUGGAAGCCAUCAAGAAGAAAAUGCAAAUGUUGAAACUGGAUAAGGAGAAUGCUAUUGAUCGGGCAGAGCAAGCAGAAGGAGACAAAAAGGGGGCAGAGGACAAAUGCAAACAGCUGGAAGAAGAGUUGCUGCCUGCGAAGAAGCUGAAGGGAGUAGAGGAUGAGUUGGAUAAAUACUCCGAGUCGCUGAAGGACGCCCAGGAGAAGCUGGAGCAGGCUGAGAAGAAGGCCACAGACGCAGAGGCAGAGGUGGCUUCCCUAAACAGACGUAUCCAGCUGGUAGAGGAGGAGUUGGACAGGGCCCAGGAGAGACUGGCCACUGCGCUGCAGAAGCUGGAGGAGGCCGAGAAGGCUGCAGACGAGAGCGAGAGAGGAAUGAAGGUGAUAGAGAACAGGGCGUCAAAAGACGAGGAAAAGAUGGAGAUCCAGGAGAUGCAGCUAAAGGAGGCCAAGCACAUCGCUGAGGAGGCCGACAGGAAGUACGAGGAGGUGGCCCGUAAGCUGGUGAUCCUUGAGGGUGACCUUGAGCGCUCUGAGGAGCGUGCUGAGGUGGCUGAGGCUAAAUCUGGUGAUCUUGAGGAAGAGUUGAAAAAUGUCACCAACAACUUGAAGUCUCUGGAGGCCCAGGCUGAGAAGUACUCACAAAAGGAGGACAAAUAUGAAGAGGAAAUCAAAGUUCUUACCGACAAACUUAAAGAGGCUGAGACGCGUGCUGAGUUUGCGGAGAGGUCUGUGGCUAAGCUUGAGAAAACCAUUGAUGAUUUGGAAGACGAGGUGUACGCUCAGAAGCUGAAGGGUAAAGCCCUCAGUGAGGAGCUUGACCUGGCUCUCAACGACAUGACUACACUCUAGACACUCCCUCACUCUUCCUCCUCCUCCUCCUCUCUGACGCUCUCCACCUUCAUCUGGCACCCCUGGGGUUCAGACAUCCUCCACUUCCUUUCUGUCCUUUUUUUCAUUCCACAACUUUUCAGACAGAACUGUGAUCGAUCUCUCAAUACCCUUGGUUACGAAAUUUGUAUGGUGAAAUUGAAAAAAAUGUGGUCGUAACUAAGUUUACAAGACUUGCUGAUUCAAAAUACCAAGGGAUAUAAAUGUGGCCCCAGGCAGAUUGUCCCCCCCUACCCCCGUCAAACCCAUUCCCCCUUUUUAGKUCCUCUCCCUACUGUUGUGUCAGGUGUCAGCAUUGUUCAGUGAUCCUCUUACAUUUCUAUAGAUGUAAAUAGGAAAACCCACACCCAGUGGUGUUGUCUGGCGCUGUGUCCAUACCUCUCCAAAGAUCUGGGUUAGGCUUGGUCUUCUGUAUUGAGAUAYAUACUUGUUUUCCCUUUCUCUGUAAUAAAUGUCCUGAAACCGCUA